AUGAAGUCUGAUAUUGUGCUAGAGGACGUUUGUGGUGCUGUCAAGGUUCCGGCCAACCAGAAAGUGGAGCUGAAGCGAAAGAUCACCCUAUGGAAUGGUGUCGCGAUUAUCGUGGGAACGAUUAUUGGAUCUGGCAUCUUCGUGUCGCCAAAAGGAGUUCUUCAAGAAUCUGGAUCGGUAGGCCUGUGCCUGAUCAUAUGGUGCCUGUGUGGCUUGAUCUCCCUGUGUGGGGCCCUCUGCUACGCUGAACUCGGGGUCACGGUCACUCGUUCUGGCGGAGACUACGCCUACAUCAGAGAAGCGUUUGGUCCGUUACCAGCUUUCCUUCAACUAUGGGUCAGCCUCAUUGUGAUUCGGCCGACUGCCCAAGCAGUGGUGGCGCUGACGUUUGCCUACUACACCCUGCAGCCGAUCUUCCCAGACUGCAACCCGCCACCGGCGGCCAUCCGGCUUCUGGCAGCGCUGUGUAUCAGUCUGUUGACCUACAUCAACGCUGCAAGUGUCCGAGCGGCAACCAGGAUUCAAGAUGUCUUCACAGCAGCCAAACUGGCCGCUCUCGUGGUCAUCAUUAUUACUGGCCUCGUUCUCAUCGGUCAAGGUGAGGUGGAACAUUUAAGCGACCCAUUUCAGGACACGGUCUCUGAUGUUGGAAGCAUUUCUCUGGCUCUCUACUCGGGCUUGUUUGCAUAUGCUGGCUGGAAUUUUCUGAACUUCGUCACGGAGGAAAUGGUAGACCCUUUCAGAAACUUACCUCGAGCUAUCUACAUUUCCAUCCCCCUGGUUACGCUAGUGUACGUGAUGGCCAACGUGGCAUACUUCACCGUGAUUUCACCCCGAGAGAUGCUGGCAUCCUACGCUACUGCUGUGACAUUUGGUGACAAAGUUUUCGGCGCAGCUGCAUUUGUCAUCCCAGUGUUUGUGGCCCUCUCCACUUUCGGAGGUGUUAAUGGUCUACUCUUCACAUCAGGAAGGCUAUGUUUUGUGGGAGCCAGGGAGGGCCAACUGCCGAGUCUGAUGGCAAUGAUCAGCCAACAACAGCACACACCACUACCUUCUGUGUUGUUCACUGGCGGCCUGUCCCUGGUCAUGCUGAUAUCCGAUGACGUGUAUUCGUUGAUCAACUACCUGAGUUUUGCCCAGUGGUUGUCUGUUGGGGCCUCCAUCGCAGGAAUGGUCUACCUGAGGUUCACCAGGCCCGACAUGCCUAGACCUAUCAAGAUGCCGUUGAUAAUUCCCUUUACUUUCUUGGCCAUUGUUGCUUUCCUGCUGAUUGUGCCACUUGUGGCCGCACCGUUUGACACCGGCAUGGGAAUCUUGCUGGUCUGUUCGGGGAUCCCCGUUUACCUGCUGACUGUGCUUUGGCAAGACAAGCCUCGGUGGUUCCUUGACUGGAUAGCAAAUGCGACAACAUUUGGACAGAAGCUUCUCUGUGUGCUGUCGCCAGAGAAACACUGA